AUGGUGUAUGGGACAAAAGCUAUGAUGCCUAUGGAAUUUGAUCAUAAAACACUUAGAACAGCCAUAGCCUUGGAUAUGACUCUCUCUGCAACACAACAGGAAAGGCUCCUACAGCUUAGUGCCUUGGACAAAAUCAAAAAGUCGGCCCUGCAACACAUAGAAACAAUUCAAAAUCAACGCAUGAAGUGGCAUGAUAGAUAUAUAAAAGACAAAGCAUUCAAGUUAGGCGAUCGGGCCCUUCUCUAUGAUUCAAGGUAUAAGGACAAUUUGGGAAAACUGCAAACGCGUUGGUUAGGGCCUUAUGAGGUAAUUGAAACAUUCUCUAAUGGUGCAGUCCAACUGUCCACAAUUGAUCUUGUCAAAUUCAAAUUGUUGGUAAAUGGUCAUCGCUUGCGCCUCUAUCAUAAACCUAUUUCCAAAGAAAAAUUCCUAAAGCAGUUCGCUAAUCCAAAAAAUGUCGAGAUUCCUGCAGCAACAGGUGGCAGCCUUUCCAUUUUGCCUUCUUCCUAA